AUGGGCAACUCUUUCUCCUCCUUUCGUGCCACUGAAGCCAGUGGUCAAGCAAGCGUCACUCGUCGUGAUCAAGACAAAGAAGCCGUCUUGACAUUGUGGUCUGCUGUUCUUGGGCUUAACCCAAGCCCAGAGGUUCUUGUUCUUUUCCCUCUGCUCUGUGUUUUCAUGGGUCAUCUCUUUGGCUCUGCACUUGUGUGGAGUUUGAUCACGGCUCUUCUUUGUGUUGGUUUUCUUUGUCUUGGUGUUCCUUUUGUUCUCGCCACCAACCUAUGCUCACAUGUCAUUGCACAAGGCCAAGUCACUCGUCGUGCUCCCCCGCCUCGCCAAGAGAACUAUGUGGAGGAACUCUCUGAAGACCUAGUCCGAGCCUUCCAGCGUGAUGUUCUCCAAGACAAGGAGCGCUGCCAGGCAAUCGAUGCCAUGGAGAAAUUUCGCCGCCAAGAAGCCGGGAUGCCUGGUUUCCUCUGUCAUCAAGACCUUCUUUCUAAAGAGGACGUCGAAGUCUGGUACAAGGCAGCAGACCACAUGAAGCCAGCUGAAGCCUCCCUACGUGGCAGCCGUACCAACUUUUCUGAAGAGAAAGUCCCAAGCCCAGAAGUGGAGAUCAAGCCAGCGGAGAAACAGCGUCCUCAAGAUGCCAUGAUGCGUGAUACUCUUCCUCCACGUGCAGAAGACGACAAGAGCCAGCGGGAACAGCGUCGCCAAGAAGCCCGCACGAUCAAGACAGCAGAAGAUGACGAGAAGAUCAAUGGUGCUCGUGCCGACAGUGACGAUUUGAUGGACAAAGAAGACCUUUCUGAAGAGGAACGCUACGAACAGGCAACCAAGCGCUAUGAGACCGAGAUGAAACGACUCUCUGCAGCAGACGCCAAGUGCCGGCGUCGCUAUGACGCCGAGAUGAAACGCAUCGGGGCGGCAUACAAGGAAAUUGAGCGUUCUGGCGAACCAAAUGACGACCGCUAUGGGCCUCUCCGUCUUCAGGAACACAAAGCCAAGGAUGAAUACACCAAGAUCCAAAACCACCUCACGUUAUCAGUCACCAAGGCCUGUGGCGAGUUGUGCGAAGCAGCCCAUCGCAUCUGUCGCAUCCCUGCUGCUGAGUUGGAGGAGUCACGUCGCAACAGUGAUGCCCGUGUUGCUGCCCGUGAUGCUGAGUUGGAGGAGUUGCAUCGCAACCAUGAUGCCCGUGUUGCUGCCCAUGAUGCUGAGAUGGAGGAGUUGCGUCGCAACCAUGAUGCCCGUGCUGCUGCCCGUGAUGCUGAGUUGGAGGAGUUGCGUCGCAACCAUGAUGCCCGUGCUGCUGCCCGUGAUGCUGAGAUGGAGGAGUUGCGUCGCAACCACGAUGCCCGUGCUGCUGCCCGUGAUGCUGAGAUGGAGGAGUUGCGUCGCAACCAUGAUGCCCGUGCUGACGCGUGGAUUACAGGAGUCAGCUCAGGAGUUCAUGGUGGCACAUGGCCUGGAGAACAACGCAGCCGUGUAGGAGCUUGA